AUGAAAAAUGAGGAAUUCGGUAUUCUCAAUUUCAAUACCGUAUAUGCCUUUUGUCCGCUAAUUCAAAAAGUUUUUGUCAUAAUUUUACUAGCUGGAGCUUGUGGGUUUGGUGAAUAUGGGACGUUUGUCAACAAUGAUGAAAUCACUGGAGUCUCUAGGCUUUAUAGGAAUGGAACUAGUUGCGGUGCUUGCUAUCAGGUAAGGUGCAGAAUCCCAACACACUGCAGCGAGGAAGGAGCGAAGGUAGUGGUAACGGAUUAUGGCGAGGGAGACCGUACACACUUCAUAUUGAGUACACGAACGUACGCAAAAUUGGCUCGAUCCAACAUGGCUGCAGAACUAUUUUCAUAUGGCGUAGUUGACAUCGAAUUCAAAAGAAUUCCUUGUCGUUAUGGUUAUAAUCUCUUUCUAAAAGUCCAUGAGCACAGCAAAUACCCUCAAUACUUGGCCGUAGUGCCAUUGUAUAAAGAGAGAAUGUAUGAUAUCAUCGCGGAGGAUCGCAACGAAUGGAGGCCAAUGCGAAGAGUCUUUGGAACAGUAUUCGACCAUCAGAACCCACCACCGGGGCCUCUCAACUUUAGACUUCAGGUGGUGGCCGAGGGCAACGAGGAAAUGAAGUGGGUGCAAUUAACCAGUGCCAUUCCCAGUGAUUGGAAGGCUGGAAUUGCUUAUGACACUGCUUUUCAGCUUAACUAA